AUGCCGUUCAAUCUUUUGCUGCUGCUGGGUGCGGCUUUCCUCGUUGGCUCGGCUUUGGCCCUUCUUCGACGAAGCAGACGCACCAUUCUCCUUGAGCGACUUCGCGCUGGCGGGCGAAGAGUAUCAGGAGCGAGAACCCCUCCAAGAUCUCUUUCACCCAGCCAAAAGACAGAAAUUCCUCUCGAAGUCGACUACUCUGAUUCGUUCCCACCAUCACGGCGAUCAACCCUAGUCGGGAUCUUGAAAGAUGAGGAACUCGACGAGCCAACGGAGGACUGGACGAAGAACAUGCUGCCAAUAGAAACGUCGUACUUGAAAGCCGACGACACAAAACGUCUCCCCUGCGGGUUUUCCGUCAAAGAGAUCAAGGCUCUCGGCAACUUCCCUGACUAUGCUACCCUCAGCGGCGUACCACUUCCAAACCCAUAUCCCGAGUUUGACAUAAACAAGGCACUACCUCGACCAUAUCGACCGUUCCGAUGGCCAUACCACCAAACCAUGUCCCUCAGCAAACUCCAACCGGACUGGUGGAUCGAGCUCGAAAACACCUACAUAGAACGCAUCCAACAACGCAAAACCCUCUUCACCCAACACGGCACCGACGUCCUCGACGCCCUCCCGGGCUCCGAGCUCGCCUGCAAAGAACUCAUGGAAACAGCCGUACAAUUCCUCUGCGCCCGCUACCCGCACUACUUCUCCCUCUCCGCCGACAAGUCGAUGCUGCAAAACCGCAUCUUGAACUCUGAAACCAAUCUCUGCGCUACACACCCGUUGCACGUGCUGCUCGACAAUGUCCCCGAGGACUUUGCCGUCAUGCUGCGCGAUGAGCGCAGCGGCCGCUAUGUACUGCGCGCGGGCGUCAUUUGCAGUGCGUUGGGCUGGAAUCUAGGGACGAAGCUGGGCAAGCAUCUUGCGGAUAUUCAUGCGCCGAUUCCGGAUUAUAAGGAGAAAAUGGCGUUUUCAAUGGAUAGAUACUUCUCUAAAAAACCAACCGACAAACCCAUCCAACGCGGCUCCUGGGGUCUCGAAAUAAAGACCCCCCUCUACGCCCCUCCUUCCUCCCCCAUCCUCACCCACCGCACUCACCAACUCCCCGCCUCCCUUCUCCCGCUCUCUGACAUCCACUUGCGCGUAGACUGGCAAACGCUCCGCCGCCUCCCACUAUCAGGCGCUGUGAUAUUCAACUUCAAAGCGUUGUUCACACCAGUACAAGAGUUCAAGGAUGAACCCCGGGUCCCAGGGUUACUGUUGAAAGUGUUGGAAGAGGGGAAAAAGGAGUUGAUGGAGUACAAGGGGACGUGGCAUGUGGAGCAUGUGGUCAAGGAUGUGCUAAGGGCGUGGCAUGAGGAGCAGGUGGCGAAGGGGUGGGUGGAGGAAGGGUGGGAGGCUGAGACGUUGGGGGAGAGUCCGUGGUUUGAAGGGUGGGAGGGCAAGUGGAGGGGGAUGCAGGAGUUUUGA